CCAGAACCACGUCACAUACCUACCGUACCAAUCUAUCCACCCUCCUAUAGACAACACUUAACCGGCGUCUAACCAAAUAUGACUCAACACGAGACAAAUGCUCCUAUCGUAUCACAUGGCCGUGGAGGCCAGGGAAACAUCGGUCCUGAUAGCAACGAGUACGUUGACGGCGGAAUCGUCCGCGAAGGGCCCGUUGGCGACCAAGGCGAUGGCGCUUAUUCCGCUGGUCGUGGCGGCGCCGGAAACAUCGGUUCCCCUCACGUAAAACCCGCGAAACAGCCUCACGAUGUCGAAUUCAUCCCUGAAAUCUCAGUCCGACAGUCCAUGGAUGGGGAUUAUCAUACUGGGCGCGGCGGCCAGGGUAAUGUGCAUCUAGAUCCUCAGCACCAGAAGGCUAAGGAGGAGAAAAAAGAGGAGAAAAAAGCCAGCCUUGCGCAUGAGGGCCUGGCAGAUAAAUUAAAGCAUAAGAUUUUGGGGAAGAAGUGAGUGAUUCGCUCGUCUGCCUAGGAUCUUCCCGUCCUAGGUCUGGAUUAUGAGGAACAACCCGGAGGGAGGGCUUUUGAUUUUAUCUGUUUUGCUGCUGCUUUGCUUCCCUUGGCUGGGUAGGAAUUGCAGUUUUUCGUUUGUAUUGCUUGGAUUUGGCUUCGAUUACCCCUGACUGAGUAAUGUCCUAGAUAGUGCUUAAGCUAUGAUGAAAUGCAAUCCUAGUGCGCGUUGCGAGUA